UAGAAUAAUGGUAUCUGCCCAUCCAAAGGUGCGAAGAGCAGAGGAGUCGUGGCGUGAGAGCUUUUGCGUAUGAUUUGCUGGGUUUGUGUGUUAGGGUGGUCUUCAUUUUGCUGACCGUGAAAAGCCCAAAUGGCCCACCCCAGGGCUGUGGGACCAUUCUCCCCGCUGAGGUUUCCUUCCCAGGGACGUCGUAGAUGUUCUGCUUCACCCCGCACUGUCCAGGCCCCUGGUCUUCACUUGGCGGUAGACGAUGCCUGCUUUCUGCAGCUUACGUGGACAGCCACAAGUGGGAAGCGAGAGAAAAAGAACACUGUCACCUCGCUGAUCUAGCAUCUUUAAUGGAUAAAACAUAUGAGAGAAAGUUGCCUGUUAGUUCUUUAACAAUAUCACGGUUUGUGGACAACAUUUCAUCUCGAGAAGAGAUAGACCACGCAGAGUAUUACCUUUACAAAUUUCGACACAGCCCCAACUGCUGGUACCUGAGAGACUGGACCAUCCACGCGUGGGUCAGGCAGUGUCUGAAAUACGGUGCACAAGACAAAGCCUUAUACACCCUUGUAAAUAAGGUUCAAUAUGGAGUUUUUCCAGAUAACUUUACAUUCAAUUUACUGAUGGAUUAUUUCAUAAAGAAAGAAAAUUACAAAGAUGCUUUAUCCGUGGUUUUUGAGAUCAUGAAGCAAGAAGCCUUUGAAGUACCUUCCACCCAACUUCUCUCGCUCUAUGUUCUAUACCAUUGCCUGGCAAGGAAGACAGACUUCAGUUGGGAAGAUGAGAGGAAUUUUGGGGCAUCCCUGUUACUCCCAGGCCUCAAGCAAAGGAACACAGUGGGGCUGAGUUCCCAGCUGUAUGGCCUUGCACUUCUUGGGAAGGUGGAGUUGCAGCAGGGGCUGCGGGCUGUGUACCAGAACAUGCCUCUGCUGUGGCAGCCAGGCUACCUCGACCGAGCCCUUCGAGUGAUGGAGAAGGUGGCCUCCUCCCCAGAAGACGGAAAACUAUGUGGAGAAGCACUCGAUGUGCUGGACAGAGCGCUGACGGCUGUGGCCACUCCGGCCCACGGGUCUUCAGAGGAGCAGCCCCGAGAAGGUGAAGACAGCCAGAGGUCAGAAGAGCUGGUGGAACAGAUGGACGUGGAGGAAACGGAACAGUCCAAGCUUCCCCAGUACCUGGAACGAUUUCAGGCCGCACAUUCUCAGCUUCAGGCUCUGGGCAGAGUUGAGUCGGGAAGCCUUUUGACUCUGACCACCCAGCUCGUCCACGAGCAGCUCCCCAGCUGUGAAGCAGAGGACGUCGCCGCCUAUGAGCAGAAGCUGCAGCAGUGGCGUCUGGAGUGGGGACACCUGGUUCAGAGGGAACGGGAGCAGAGGGAGAGGGCGAAGCAGGAGCACCAGGCUCGGAGAGCAGCCAAGGCGUCUGCCUGACGGGGCCCCGCAGGCCCCAGCUCGCCCAGGACUUCACUAGACCCGUCACAGCCUCAGUCCCUCCAGCUGUCUCCUUCUCCUGAAGCCGGCCGCUUGUGCUACAAAAGCCUUGGUGUUCUACACGUUCAGACACUAUGACUGCCCAUCCAGGUGCCAGGAAGGGCUGUGGGACUGUGCAGGUGGUCACACUGAAGCCACCAACUGAAGACCUGAAAUCAGGGGCUCUCGAGGCUGAUGGUGGGUGUCCCAGGCACAGCAAUCAGUUGUGAACAUUGGGAGUCCUGACACCUCGCCAUGGUGGGGGGUUGAAGAAUCAGGUCUCGAGCGCAGGCUUUUGAAUGGGCUCUCUCCCCAGCCGAGGGGAAUGUGUGUCCUGAGCUCGUGUCACCCUUGGUCCCCUCUCUGAUGCAGGCACUCAGCCCCACACAUCCCCUCUCCUCCCACUGGGUCCCACCCUCCCGGACCUGAACUGGGGGAGUUCAGCACCAGAGCAAACACAAGACCCACUGGUGUUCCCAUUUCAGGACCCACGGUGGCUUGUGUAGGACGUCAGGGCUUAGGAGGAGAAAGCCGGCCCUAGCUCUGAGGCCUCCUUGUCUCAGCUUCUCCAUCACGUCUUAGCGCUGUCUCAGCUCCUUCGUCAGGUGGGUGCGGAGAGCCUCCUGUGUACACACACACACGUGCAGCUUGUGAAGGCAUGUUUCAGUUAGAGAAGCUGGAGAGGGUGAGAGGUGGGCUGGGCCCGCCGUGCGUGGGAGACGUGAGUAGCUGUCAAACAGGCAGGAGGUGGAAGGGUCCUUUCUGAAGUUUCUGGUGGGGUGGGGUGCGUUGGGCAGCUCUGGUCGCUAUGUGGUUUUGCCUUUCAGUACAGGGGGGUACUUUUAUCCGGGAUUGUGCUCUUUAUCAAGAACCCGUGGAAAUAAAUGUCCUGGGACGA